AUGAAGCCUCCUGAGCCACUGCACUGGCCGCGGCGCACACAUUCUGACCUUGUCGAACGCGCCCUCAAGGAGUCUCUGCAGACGUUUAAUCUGAACGACCCUUACCACAUAGAGCGUCUGACAUACGAAAUGAUGACGGCAUCUGAUGUGAUUGAGGGACUUGCCGACUAUGAUGAGAACGCUAUUGUGAUAAAAGGCUGUGAACUUCCUCAUGGCGAAUUUAAGCUGCUCAACACAGCUGUUGAUAACAAGCGAAACAGAACGAGACCUAUGACAUGUAAAAGCAUCAAGCGUGUGCAACUGCUCUCAGGAAGAUAUUUCGGUAAGCUUCCAGAGGAAUUACGAAAAGUUACGGCGAACGCUCUUAUAAAUCACCUCGGAUUUCGUGCUUUAGUUCGCCUGGCAGCCUUCAUGCCAGACUCUUUGCACGCGCUCAGAGAGCUGUCUUUCCUGGAGGUCAGUGGCCGCUCAGAGGUUCCUGACAUCGACGGUCUGUGUCUUCGAGCUAUGGAGGUGAUUCUACCACUCUGCUUGGUCAAGGCUACUGCACUGCCACUGAUACACGAUGGCACUGCUUUUUCGCAGCGGCGAUGGCUGUCUGACCUCGAGGUCGCUUUCCUCCAAGCAUUGCCACGGGUCCAAUGGCUUGACGAGCGGGCACUUUUCGCGUUAGCCUUUCGAUUGCGGCGAAUACGUGUAGACCCACCCUAUUCAAUCGAUCAAGUCCGGGAAAACGCGGAGUGCCUUCCGUCUGACUUGAAAGUCGGCAAUACGCUGGAGGAUAUUGUUGGCUUAUAUCGAAAAAUACGGAGUCGGCGUACACUACUUGAACUGCGCUCCGGUCCUGACUGGCGGCCGCUGUCUCCCCUUAGCAUGUGGCCCUACUUUGACGCUGGUCUGCGUCGUGUUGGCAUUCCUCAAGGCCUGCUCAAUAACUCAGUGCCUGCCAACAGCACCAUAUUUGGUUUCCACCUCGCCCGAGUUGCCGUUCGCUUUUACGCGUCAAUGGUGCCUCUUUUAUACUCGAACUUCGAGUAUGAUCGUGAAGCUGCGCUGGACUUGGGCCCCGAUUCACAGCGUGCACUUCAGGGUGCUCGGCGCUGUCUGGAAGACGACUGGCGGGCACUUUCGAAGCAGGAUGCGGAGAAGGUGCCGCUGCCGUAUAGCCUACUAGAUGAUCGAGCCCGUUGGCUGCGUCGGUGGCUGCUCGAACAGACGCUGGCAAUCGAGCUAGCUCUACACGCCUUCCGUGCACUUCUUCUCGAUGUGCGCCGCAUUUGGAAGCUGCAGUAUCGGUUUGUCACUUUGCCAGACUACACUCCGACGCAGCUAUUCUUCAUGUAUUACGCCGUGGACCACUGCGAAAAUGACUACGAAGGCUUCGAGCUCAGGCAGUUUCUUCAGCGAAAACGACCACCGGCAAAAAUGAGGGUCAACUUGCCGCUGCGUCACGUGGGGGCAUUCGCUGACGCUUUCGGCUGCAAACGUGGUGACCAGAUGGUGGCUGAUGAACCAUGCACGAUGUUCGUGCAUUGA